UAUAAAUAUGUGGGAUUAAUUUUUAACCUAUUAGAAAUUGUAGUUUAAUUUAAAUACUAGCAAUUCAAUUUGUAUUUGAGAAAAUCUUUAGGGAUAAAAUAUAACUAUCGUACUACUUGUGGGUGUUAAAAGUUUCAACGUUACAAAGUAAUUAAUUACCUUUUUUUCAUCGUAAGGAUAUUAUUAAUCUUGAAUGAAUCAUUUAUAAUUAUUUUUUGUUUUAACAUUAAAAAUGAGUUCAAGUAAAACAAGAAAAAGAAAAGCGUUUGUGAAAGGUCCUGUGGUUGAAUCUGACAAUGAAACAACAGAAGUAUUAGUAUUACCUCCAAAGUUAUUAGAGAAAUUGGGUAUUUCUAUAGGAAAUAUUGAUGUAAAUCUCAAUGAACAAAAAGAUCAUAUAAAUAACAGUGGUUCAGAUUUAAUCCUAGAUAAUGAACUUGACAACUUAGCUUUGUUUCAAAUGUCUUCACCGAAAACAAAUAAUAUUGAUCCAGACACAUCUAUAAUGGAAACUGCAAACUUAAUGAAAGAGUCAGUAUUUCUUAGUCCCACCUUUUCUUCUUCAUCAGUUAGCAAUCCUUCUUACAUUGGUGAUGAUGUGGUUUCCAGUACAAAUUCAUUGGAGGAAAAUGGAAAAGACAGGAAAAUAAAUGUUGAAUUUGAAAAUAUUGAAGCAAAUUAUAGAAAUCAUACAGUUGUAUCAUCAGCUAAAACUAGUGAAUAUACACAAAAUACAAAUGACUUUAUCAAUGAACAUAAUAGCAGUCAAAUAGCUGCUAAGUCGCAUGUUAAUUCGCAAGGAUCUAAAGAAAGAAGUAUGGAAAAAGAAAUUGUAAAUCAAAAUUGCAUUAUUAAUAGCAUAGAGAGUAAAAUAAAACCAAAGAACAAAAUUUGUGUUAUAUCUGAAGAGGUGAUUACUCCUUGUAACAUAAAGGAAUUAAAGACAUUUCAUAAACCAAGUAAUUCUACUCUGAUUCCAAUACCAAUAAACUCAAUAAUAACAACAGAAAAAUUAAAAGAAAAGCCGAAAACUACUAAAAACAAAUAUAGCAUUGACUGCAAUUCAAAACAAUGUGACUCAAUUCAAAUUUAUGAUAACAUAGAGAAUAUGAGCAAUACAUCAAAAGCUAACUUCAGUGACACACUAUCAAAGCUAACAUCAGAUAGUUUUAUUAAUACUGCAUUGAAGGAAAAUAAUUAUGAAAGCUCCAAUACUGUAAUGCUUAAUGGUGAGGUAACCAAUAAAGAUGCACCAGAUACUGAUCACAUUAAAAUUAAUAAUGAUGAUCAUCCUAAUGAGGUUGAUUCUAAUUUGCAAAUUGACUUGAUUUCUGAUAAUUUUAUAUCAUGUGCAGAGGAAGAUAUGAAAAUGGAACAAAGUGUUGAGGAAAAUAGAAUUACUACAAAAAAAGAUCAUAGUAUAGAAAUAAAUGGAAAUGAAAUAAUAUUACACACAGAGAAUAAGAAAAGUUACAUAGAAGAUAAUGUUCAAUGUAGUGAUGACUUAAGUCUUAAUUCAAAAUAUAUUUUAGAUCACUCACAUAAUAAAGCAAAUAAUAGCAAAGAUAUUUCAUACCACAAUAAUUAUAAUAAUUCUUUUUACAUUAAAGAAUGCCCUUUAAAUAAGAAUAAAUGUGGUAUAGUAUCGAAAUUGCACAUUCAGGGGGUUGAAAAGCCAGGUGGUCAAGACUUGGUGAAUAGAAACACCAUAGCUGUAAUAAAAAACAAUACAGACAGUCUUCGGACAUAUACUAGAAAACCAUUAAAAAUUCAUUUACCUUUGAAAGAAACUUAUGAUGAACCCCUUACUCCAAACUUAAACAACGAUGUUAAAGAAAUAAAUGAAACACUUAGGGAGGAAGCAUUUUGUGUUUGUUAUGAUUUUGGUCACUAUAGUUAUUAUGAUCUUAAAGACACAUAUGAGCAUUUACAUUUCUUAAAUCAUAAUACUGACCAAUGUUCUUCUGGUACUAUAUUUAGCAUUUAUAGUGAUGACUCUAAUUUAGUUCCUGUUGAUGACCAACAAUUUGAGGAGAAUAUAGAAAGUUUUGGAAAAGAUAUUAUGGCUGAUGUUGGAGAUGAAUAUAGUAGAAUCUGUUAUAAUUGUAUUGCACAUGAUUUUAAAGUGAAUACAGAAUUAAAAUCAAAUAUAGAUAAUAAACCAAGUAUAAUGAAACAAAGCAUAGAAGGACAUAUGGAAGAUAUUACAACAGAUGAUAUCCACACAAACAUUUCAAACUUAAUUAAUGAAUCACAACCCAGCAUCACCGUAGAUGUAAAGCACCAACCAAUAUCAGAAACCUUACUAUCAUUUAAUGAGUGCAUUCAAGAAUCAAUGGAAAAAGAAAGUGAAAAAAGAAGAUUUGAAAUAGAAGUUGACAUUGUUCCAAAUCCACCUCCAUGUAAUAAAGAAGAUGAUCAUUUACAAAAAUCCAUCAUGACAAGAGGUAAAAGAAAGCGGCUUUCAUCAGAUCACACACCCUUGAUUCAUCUGAAGAAAAAACCAAAAGUUGUGAAUAGCAAAAUAUAUAGAAACAAUGUCAAUUCCAAUGAUUGUGUUUCAAAGGAAGGUCUUGAGCCUCUAGAAAAUGAUCAUUCUCUUACUGACACAACAGAUGUUAAUUCUAAAAUUGAGACGGAAGAACUGAAUGAUACAAUAGUAUGUGGAGUUUGCCAAUUGAAAUUAAGAAAAGACACAUGGAUAGCACAUAUUUCUAAAGAACACAGUUACUUGGCUUGGAAAGAAAGUGACACCCCUUUGGAUUUUUCGAAUGAGGAUGUUGUCUAUGACCAUCUAAGUGAAAUCUUAAAUCAAAUUGGGCAUUUGGUUUGUGGUCGAUGUGGAAUUCAACGUGAAAAUACGAAGAAAUAUUUACGACAUGUAAACAAGUGCAACGUUGUUCCUGGAGUUUAUUUUACAAAUGUGCCGAAUGGUGCUCAUGCCAUAAAAUGUGGAGUUUGUCACAAGGAAGUCGCCGAUUGGAUCAGUCAUAUUGCCAAAGAGCACAAUUAUCUUGCAUGGAGAGAGGAGGAGCUUCCUAUUGAUUUCGAGGAUGAGAAUAACGUUCGACAGUAUUUACAUUCUAUAGCGAAGCAAAUUGGAGGGUUGACUUGCGCAAAAUGUGGUUGUUGCCGAAAAUAUGUUAAGGCAUAUCUAGAUCAUAUAAAUACCUGUGAUGUCGAGGAGACCAAUGAGAAACCAAGUGAAGUUAUAAAAUGUGGAGUUUGCCAAGAAGAAGUCAGUGACUGGUACACACAUAUUGGUGAAAAACAUAAUUAUAUUGCUUGGGCUGAUGGUGAACCCGAGAUAACUAUCGAUGAUGAAAAAUCCGUCCAACAGCACUUACAUUUUAUUGUUAAACAAAUAGGUGAACUGGUUUGUUCAAAAUGCGGGUAUCAUCUAAAAAAUGUGAGCUCGUAUCUAAAUCACAUUAAAGCUUGCGAAGGUUUAAUGAAUACUACAUUGAAUAGCACUUUAGACAGUACCCUUAAUAGUACCAGAAACACAGUUAAAUGUGGAGUAUGUGGCAAAGAAGUACGCGAAAAAAAGUGGAUUAAUCAUAUUCAGAAGGAACAUAAUUAUAUUGCGUGGGUGCAGGGUGAUCAACCUUUGGAUGAAAAUGAUAGGGAGGCUGUCUAUGACUAUUUAUACAAUAUCUCUAAAGAGCAUAACGGGCUUGUUUGUUCUAAAUGUGGAAUACGUCGCAAAUACGUUAAGCUAUAUCUAAGUCAUAUUAAAACAUGCAGUGGAAGUAGUGAUAAUAUCAACAACUCUGAAGCCGAUAUCAGUAAUUUGGACAGCACAGUUCCAGAAGAUACGACAGAAAGUGGGCCGAUAGUGAAGUGUGGGGUGUGUCAAAAAGAAGUUUCAAAUGGUAGUUGGCUCCGUCAUAUAGAAAAAAAACACGAUUACAUAGCAUGGAAAGAAAACGAAACACCUUUAAAUACAAACAACAAAAAUGAUGUUCAGGAGCAUUUAUAUAAUCUUUCUAAACAAAAUAAUGGAUUGGUCUGCUCUCAAUGCGGCUGUCGGCGGAAAUACGUUAAAGCAUAUUUGGAUCACAUAAAAGCGUGCAAGAGUGGGGAUCAUGAAUCUUCAAAUAAUCCUUUACUUAAUAGCAAUAAUGAGGAUGGAAAUUCGUCAAAUAGUUUUACUCAUAAUAAGAAUGAACCCGCUGUUGUCAUUAAUAUUAAGUGUGGUGUAUGUCGAGAAGAGAUUGAAGAUAACGUUUGGUUAAAUCAUAUAGAGGAAAAACAUAAUUACAUAGCUUGGAAAGAAAACGAAAAGCCCUUAAACGUAAGCGAUAAAGACGAAGUUUACGAACAUUUGUAUAAUAUUUCUAAACAAAAUAAUGGUCUACUUUGCCUCAAAUGUGGAUGUCGUCGUAAAUAUGUUAAGUCCUAUUUGAGCCAUAUAAAAAGCUGCAAUGGGAAUCCUGAUUGUACUAAUGAAUCAAUAGCAGACACAAGUAAUUUGGAUCAAUCCCUAACUGAUGCAAAUGAUAAGACACCAGUGAAGUGUGGUGUGUGUCAGAAAGAGAUGGAGAGCCGGAACUGGGUGUUACAUAUUAAAGAGGAACAUGAUUAUAUUGCUUGGAAAGAAAAUGAAACACCUCUUGAUGCGAAUGACGAUGACGCAUUGUAUCAACAUUUUUAUAAUAUCGUUCAGACACACGGCCAACUUACCUGCAGCAAGUGUGGGUGUCAACGCAAAUACGCAAAAUCAUAUCUGAGCCACAUACAGUCUUGUACUGGUGAUUAUAUGGACCCUACGUUUGUCCAAGUGCAAAGAGAAAGCCAAGACCACAAAAUAGUGAAGUGCGGUGUGUGUCAAUUGGAAAUGGAAAACAAGCGAUGGACUACACACAUACAGAGGUUUCAUAAAUACGUAGCGUGGAAAGAAGGUGAAACGCCGUUAGACACAGAUGAUGAGAAUCAAGUUCACGAACACCUUUAUAAUUUGUCGAGGAAAUACGACGGGCUGACUUGUGCGAAGUGUAAUGUUACUAAGAAGUAUGUCAAGUCGUUCCUAUCUCACAUCGAGAGUUGUGACACUGAUGUGGAUGUUAAUACUCUUCCAGAUUAUGAAACGAAUACUGACAUCUACGAAUGCGCUCUUUGUCAUGAAACUGGGCCAAUAAGUAAAUGGAAAAUCCAUGCUAUGAACAAGCAUUACAAUGUAGCCUGGAUGGUCGGAGAUAUACCCAUUGACUUGAAAAACUUGCAUUGUGUGGAAAAAUUUCUUAAAGAGUACAAAAAGUAUCACAAGACAUUGCAGUGUUUGGAAUGCGGUAUGGUUAGAAUUUCGAUUACGGGGUUUUAUGCUCACGUCAUGUUCUGUGGAAAGAGUGAAGAGGAAAAAGAUAUGUACAAGAGUUAUUGCGAAAUAUGUAACAAUAAAUAUAUAGGCGUGUACAAAGCUCAGCAUAUGAAAGCCCACCGCGAGCAAGAGUAUGCACAGCUUAACAAACAAAUGAAAGAGGCUAGGCAAGAGGCGAUAUUAAACCAGAAACCAGAGGAUCAAGAAACUCCUGGGAAAAGGCGAGCCGCUGAAAAGGCUAAAGAUGUCAUCAAGAACUUUACAACGAAGACUGAUGAUCAAGAUAAUAGUGAUAAUGAUACAGAGGAUGAUAACUAUGAUGAGACUCGAGACAGCAGCAGCAGUGAAUCAGAUGAUUCGGUGGCAAUCGAGCCGACUUCUGAAGAAGAGUCCAUCGACACGGAAAUCGAUUCAGGCGUUUCUGACGACGAUAAAAUUGAAGUGAAGAGAAAGAAAAAGUAUGGAGAAUCGUCGUUUGCAACGAUUAAUAACAAACGAAUACCCUUUACGGUCGCACAACCUUCUACGUAUAUUAAUGAUAGUGCAAAAGAAUUUUGCAAGACACAUUUCACAUCGAGUACUCUAUUUCCUCAAUGGUUGAGCUGCGAAUAUGAAGCAGUUGCUGACGAUCAGCUAUCCGAAUAUAUGCCUCCUUUGGCGAAGUCCUGUAACGUUAUGUACUCGACGGACGGAUGGACGACAUACGAUCGAUUUGAAGCGAGGAAAGGAAAAGGUCUCAGUCUGUUCGUGGGUGCUAGUAUAAACAGUAUACGCUGGGUGCCGCCCCGAAGGAACGGCGAUAGUACUCCAUAUCUGAGCGUCAAUUGCUUCAACGGACCGGAUGCGCCGCGCCUUGACGUGACACAGACUGUCGAACAUCCUGCCAUGAUACAGAUAUGGGAUUUCAAUGAUAUGACGGAGCUACCGUCAUUCAUUUUUGGGCUAGCACACGAUUUUGGCACAGUGUGGAGUAUGGACUGGUGCCCGUCUGGGACUUGGGAAAUAAAUAAUAAGGAAACAAAAACUUUCACGAGGCUCGGUCUGUUAGCCGUGGCUUGCUCUAAUGGUUCUGCUUAUAUAUUCUCAGUUCCUCAUCCGUCUUCGAUUGUAGAUGGUGAUAAAUUGGUGUAUAAGCUGAAACCUGUAGUGGAGUUACGCAUGUGCCGCGAUAAAAAUCCAAAAUUUCAGAGCACUGCCAUUAGCUGGUCAAAUAACAAAGGUCAUGCCUGUAUUAUAGUCGGAUAUUCUAAUGGAGCUACAGCCAACUUUGAUCUGAACACCGACUCACCAUUGCUAACGUGUGUUGAAGAUGGCGUUACAGUGUUCUAUCCAUUCCAUGAUGAGAAACCACAUACGGCUUGCGUGACCGACGUGGUGGCGCUGUGCGGGGGCGGCGGGGGCGGCGGGGGCGGCGGGGGCGGCGGGGGCGCGUGCAGCGCGUCGCCGACGGGCGCGGCGGCGGCGCUGGGCGCGGCCGCGGCGCCCGCCGCCACCGCGCACGUGCAGCUGACGGCCGCGCGCCUCGCCCGCGAGCCGCUCUGGCCGGCCGCGCUGCUCGCGGGCAACAGCGACAUUGUAUCUCAAGCCAUAAACGAAUUGGACUGGUGGGGCGCGGGCCGACGGUUCGGGCCCAUGAGCGCGGUGUGUGGGUGCCUGCACUGCGCUAGAGUCGCGUGUUUCAUACCACCUCUGCUCAAAACUAUGUUUAUUCACCCGGUGUUCAACGAUAAACGGGAAUUGCAAUUACGAAUAAAAAUUGAUAUGGUGCCAUUGAAAGAGAAUAAAGAGUCGAAAAAGAAAUCUGAGCAACCUCUUAAAUUGGAAUCUUACGUAUACGAUGAGGUUAUUAAAUAUUAUGGGAUAGAAUAUAAAUAUGCCUCGGAUUUGGAUAAGUCGGAUAUCCAACAACAUUUAAACAAGCCUCGUAAGAAGUGUCCAGAUCAGUUCCCCUUAGCCGAAGUGACUUCAAUGGAAUUCUGUCCACUGCCCAUAUAUCACAAAAAAUUAGCUAUAUCUACGCAUUCUGGUAUGCUUUUCGUUAUAAACACGUGAUAGAAAUUAAUUUUAACACAUUUCAUACAAACAUAUAAGAGCUUUAACUUGUUAGGUAAGGAGAUUUGUACUCCAGUGUUCCAAAGAUGUUAUUGAAAUAAAAUAUUGGCGGAUUGUUGUGUUAUUGUAUGAUAAAUAAAUAACUACUACGGAAUGUCUUGGAUCGACGGAUUUUUUUAUACGUUAAACGCAUCAUUCAAUAGUGUGUUGUGAUAACAUUUGUAUUCGUAAGCGGAAUUAACAAACUCCGAUAUAUAUGCGAGUAUUUUACCUCUGAUCUUAUGGACAAGAUUAAUUUUUUCCUGCCAAGUGUAAACCUAGCGAUGAUCUAAAUUCUAAAACCGAUGUGAAUGUGUGAAAUGUACGGAAUGUAAAAAUUGUAAAAUGCAUUCGGAAUGAUGUGUUCUCAAUCUUAGUAUUAAAGUUACUAUCAGUUUUAGACUUCUGUUAAUCAAUUAUAAAACAAUAUGAAGAUCAGAUCCGUUUUAUAUUUUGUCUUUUAAAGGUCUAGUAAUUAAAUCUUCUCAUAUAUAAAAACUUGACCUUUCUUCAUAGUGCUAAGUGCCAUAUUAAACCAAUUCCUCUUUUUGUAACUUUAUAGUGGAAUAAUAUACUGUUUGUGAAUACAACCAAAAAUUUGUGAAUUGAAAUUUUAUUCAGUUCAAAUAAAUCUUACAUGAAUUCUUAUAUUAUUCAAUGAUUCUACAACACUUGUUAAAUAUUUUAGUUCAAUCCAGUAAGCAAUAAUCUGAAUAAUUAUUUAGGCAUUGUUUUUGUUACACGUUUAAUGUGACAAUACAGAAGAGCUUGUCUAUUCGUAGAUUAUUGAUAAAUAAGUGGUGUUGUUUCUAUAAAAUAGCAUGACGAUUCAUAAUUCACAGGUACAACUGCAAUAAAUAUUUUCCUGAAUCAAACAUUUUAUCUUAUCAGUGUUUUAUAAACCUUGCAGCGUUGUAUUGAAUAGAUACAUUAUACUUUACGCAAUUCAAAUAACAUUGUAUGUCUGUAUAAAAUUGUUGCCAUCUACGAAAUCAAUACACCAUAAAAUUAAUUAAACAGUUUAGUGCCAAUUAUUCAGCAUAUGCAGACGUCAAUUGUAAGGCAUAUUCAAUUUGUCACGAAUGUCAUCGACUGGACACGUUUUAGAAUUUAUUUGGCGUCAUGAUUUCAGCGCGACAUUGGUCUUAAUUAAGGUCCAACUUCCAAUCAUACUCCAAUUCAGUUAUUUUAAGUAGGGUCAAUGAUAAUACAAUUUAGUAAAUAUUAUAAGAUACUAGCUGUGACCCGCGGUUGAAACCGCGUAAGUCCGUAUCCCGUAUGAAUAUUGGUAUAAAAAGUGCCUAUGUGUUAUUUUAGUUCUCCAGCUAUCUACGAAGCAAAAUAGUAUUAUUAUUCACCAAUAGAUGCCAGAUAUAUAUAUACAAGAAUUGCUCGUUUAAAGGUAUAAGAAAAAUUUUGUAUCCUUUGCUGGUACUAGAACUUUUAAACUUCUCUAUGAAUCACUAGUUCUAAUUUUCAGACAAACACAUCAAAUUAAGAUCCAUAAAUUCCCAUUUUUAAUACCACUUUAUCAUACAAUGUAGCCAGUCUAAUCCAGUUCAUACUCGAUAUACGUGCGCCCACAUACAAAUUGGUUUUUUAUUUAUGUUUGCGCAAUCCCACUUUGAACCAAUACACUUUUUAGACACAUGUCGUGAUCUAUUUUCUAAAUAUUUUGCUUAAUUCUUAACUUGUGCUAAGCCCCGGUCUGUCUAUUAGUAAUUACUAAAGUGAACACAUUUAAAAAUAGAAAAUAUAAAAUAAAGUGUUUCUUAGUUUCGUUUUGGAGAAAAGCUCAUUGGAAUUACGCCAACUAUAAAUAAAAGUCUACUGCAUUGAAUAUUGAAGUGUUUAGGAACCGCUGUGACGCUACACAUUAUUUCUUGUGUUGAAAAAUAUUACAUUGUAUGUGAGAACUCUGUUUAACGUAGAAAAUCCAAGACAGAUUGAAAAUUGAUGAAGGAAAAUAUUAAAUUCUUUGUUACGGAUGUGUAUAUAGGAUAAACACAUGUAAAAGUGUUUUAAUACUUAAUGAGUUAAUGUAAAUUAUGUUAAAGUUGUAACAAUAUUGUUUAUAAGUAAGUUUUAGCUAUAAAGAAACCAUAUAUCGGAAUUCAGUGAUAUUAAUAUAUUUAUUUAUCUACUAGUAAGUACAUCAUUAUGCUUGUUGCCUAAUAAAGUUUUUUUUACGAAAAA